CUUUCAAUCACAACUAUAAUAAUACUAUAAUAGUACUCAUCUUUUUUAGUGCACAACCCUUUGCAAAAGAUCCUAACACUCAAAGUUGCAAGGAAGUAACAAACAAGUGAGUGUGCAAGAUGCCUCGUAGCAGUUUUUCAGGAUCACUGUCUUCUCCCAAGUUGGAUGUGGUUGUAGACAUGGGCAAUCCAUUCCUUAACCUCACUGUUGAUGGUUUCUUGAAGAUUGGAGCUGUUGCAGCUACAAGAUCAGUUGCUGAGGAUACCUUUCAUAUAAUUCGAAAGGGAAGUGUCUCAAGUAAUGAUUUUGAGAAAACUCUGAAGAAGAUGUGUAAAGAAGGUGCAUACUGGGGAACUAUAGCUGGUGUGUAUGUUGGAAUGGAAUAUGGUGUAGAGAGGAUCAGAGGCACCAGGGACUGGAAGAAUGCAAUGUUCGGAGGUGCAGUGACAGGGGCUCUGGUAUCUGCAGCGAGCAAUAACAAAAAAGACAAGAUUGCAGUAGAUGCCAUCACAGGGGCUGCAAUUGCGACAGCUGCAGAAUUCAUAAAUUACCUCACCUGAAAGAACAAGACUGAAUGUGUUAUUACCCUUGGUCUCCUUUGUCUUUGUGUUACUGGUUAUGUAAUGAUUUUGAUGCAAUUACUAAUAAGCUGUGAUAAUCUGCUCUGUCCCUUAACAUGUUUUGUCAAUGACAUGCUCACUGUUCAGCUCAA